CCAAAUAAAAAAAAUAGAAAUGUCAAACAUGGACUUGCGUUUUUGAUUUUUCCAAAAGAAAAAAGAAAACCUAGUACACAAAAGUUGUACAAUUUUUUCCCUCAAAUUGCCUUAAUUCCUGGCAAAAUAUUAAAUUACUUGACCAAAUAAACAAACACUAACCAAACAUGGAAUCACAAAAUUCUGAAGAUAUCCUCGCAAAUGCUAUUAAAUCUGUUGAAUUACAAAAUAUCGAAUUAUCAGCAUCAACAACGACCACAACAACAACAACUUCGAAUGGAACAACCACGCCAACCACAACAAAUUCUGCUGCAGGUGGUGGCAAAGAAUUUUAUGGUAAAGCCCAAAAAUAUUGGUCCGAAAUACCAGCCACAGUCAACGGUAUGCUCGGUGGUUUGGGUCACAUAAGUGCAAUUGAUGUCAAAGGGUCAACAGAGUUCCUAAAAGGAUUGAAAAUACCAGGCCAACAAAAUGCUCUCGAUUGUGGAGCUGGAAUUGGGCGGGUUUCAAAGAAUCUACUAAUGCCUCUCUUUGCUAAAGUUGAUCUUGUCGAACAAGAUGAACAUUUUGCCAAAACAGCAAAGGACUAUUGCAAGAGUGAUAAAUUGGGUAAAAUCUACAAUAUGGGAUUGCAGAAAUUCACACCUGAAGAAGGCAAAUACGAUUUAAUUUGGAGUCAAUGGGUCUUGGGACAUCUGCCUGAUAAUGAUUUACUCGAAUUUUAUAAACGAGUAAAGACAGGACUGGCGAAAGGAGGCUAUUUUGUGAUGAAGGAUAAUGUCACAACAUCGGGUAAAGUUGAACCUGAUGAAGAGGAUUCAUCGAUGACUCGACCUUUAACUACCUUCGAAACUAUACUCCGAAAUGCUGGCUUUAAAAUUGUUAAAGUAACUCGUCAGCAAGGAUUUCCUAAAGGGUUGUAUCCUGUUUAUAUGAUAGCCUGCCGACCGGCGGCAUGAAACAAAUAAAUGAGAACUUAUUUUAAUUGGAAA